GGUGCUGGUCCCGGGAGCAGCUUUCCCUGUGUCCGUGCCCAUGUCCCCGCCCUGAGCCCUCGCCAGGAUGAGGAUCGUGGUGGCCAAGGUGCUGUGCCUGCUGGGCAUCUGUGUGCUGGUGCUGGCGGGGGCCCUGCUGCCCGUGAGGGUCAUCGAGGCCGACCACGAGAAGGCCCAGCGCUCCAGGAAGGUGCUGGCCCUCUGGAACUCCUUCGGAGGAGGGGUCUUCCUGGCCACCUGCUUCAACGCCCUGCUGCCAGCUGUGAGGAGCAAGCUGGAUGAAGUCCUCAAGCAGGGGAACGUGACCACGGACUACCCGGUGGCCGAGACCAUCGUGAUGGUCGGCUUCUUCGUCACGGUCUUCGUGGAGCAGCUCGUCCUGAGCUGCCAGAAGGAGAAGCCCUCCUUCAUCGACCUGGAGACCUUCAACGCGGGCUCGGACGGCGGCAGCGACUCGGAGUACGAGAGUCCCUUCAUCGCCUCGCCCCGGGGCCGGGCCCUGUACGGGGAGCACGGGGGGCACCCCCCUCACCUGAGCCUGCCCGAGCUGUCCCGCUCCGGCCCCCUGCGCCUGCUGGGGCUGGUCUUCGCCCUGUGCACGCACUCCAUCUUCGAGGGGCUGGCCCUGGGGCUGCAGGAGGACGGCGGCAAAGUCAUCAGCCUGUUCCUGGGCGUGGCCAUCCACGAGACCCUGGUGGCCGUGGCGCUGGGCAUCAGCAUGGCCAGGGCCGCGCUGCCGCUCAGGGACGCGGCCAAGCUGGCCCUGGCCGUGUGCCUCAUGAUCCCGCUGGGAAUCGGCGUCGGGAUGGGCAUCCAGAGCACCCGCAGCGCCGCCAGCGACGUCGUGUCCCUGCUCCUGCAGGGCAUGGCCGGCGGCACCUUCCUCUUCGUCACCUUCUUCGAGAUCCUGGCCAGGGAGCUGGAGGACAAGAGCCAGCGGCUGCUCAAGGUGCUGUGCCUGGUGCUGGGCUAUGCCCUGCUGGCCGGGCUGGUGCUCAUCCCGUGGUGAGCCGGGAGCCUCGGGAAGCCAAGCUCGGCGGGAUGAGCCGCCCCUCCCGCUGCAGGGACGCCGGAGCUCCGUGGGCAGGUGGAACAGCCUGGCCCGGGGGUGUUUCCAUGAUUACCUGCAGGAGGAGGAUCUCUUCCCGGGUGCCCAGAGGGAGAUGAGUGAGGAGCAUCCCAAGGGACCGUCCCUGCCCCUGGGGCUGCGGAGAUCAGCUGGCACAAACAUUAAGGAUCUGGUUAAAGGCUGCUUCCGAGA